AUGGCAAAGGAUGCUGAGAAGAGCACUUGGAAGGACUUCAUAUGGAACUCCAGGACCCGAGAAUUUUGUGGCAGGACAGGGAGCAGCUGGGGCCUCAUCCUGCUCUUCUACCUAGUGUUCUACAUCUUCCUAGCAGGCAUGUUCUGCCUCACCAUGUACGUCAUGCUGCAGACCUUGGAUGACUACAAACCCACAUGGCAGGACAGGCUUGGCACACCAGGCAUGAUGAUCAGACCCAGGGGAAAGGCGAUGGAGAUCUCCUACAACACCACCAACACUGAGACCUGGGACAUGUACAUCAAGACACUGGACAACUUCCUCUCCCCCUACAACAACUCUCUGCAGGCUGAGAAGAAUGAAGAGUGCACACCGGACCAGUACUUUGUUCAGGCAGACAGUGGUGAUGUGAAGAACAACCCCAAGCGCUCCUGCCAGUUCAACCGCACCCUUCUAGAAAAAUGCUCUGGCCUUGAUGACCAUACCUAUGGAUACCAGGCUGGCAAACCAUGCAUCAUCAUCAAGCUGAACCGGGUCAUUGGGAUGUUGCCAGGGAAGGAUGGCCAGGCUCCAUUUGUCACCUGUGGAGCGAAGAGGUACAAAGUUGGCAAAGAUGAAUGGAAAGAAGACUCUGAUAAGAUUGGACAGGUGGAGUACUACCCUGAAAAUGGCACCUUCAACCUCAUGUACUACCCUUACUAUGGCAAGAAAGCUCAGGUGAACUACUCCCAGCCGCUGGUUGCCAUCAAGUUUCUCAACAUAACCCUCAAUGAAGACAUCAACAUCGAGUGCAGGAUCAUCUCCAACAACAUUCCUCCUGGGAGUGUAAGAGACAAGUUUGCGGGGAAAGUGUCUUUCAAACUGAGGAUCAACACUAAAGGCUAG